GAAAGGAAAGUGAAAAAGGACAAGAAAGUGAAAAAAGAUAAAGAUGGGGAAACACCUGCUGACGAACAGACAGACAAGAAGGGAGAAACAGAGAAAAAAGUGGAGAAAAAGGAUGAUAAAAAGAAAAAAGAGAAAAGGUUAAAGCUAGUCAUGCCGGAACAGCAGUUUUUUGAGGAUGGAGAUGAGAUCUAUGUUUGGAUAUAUGAUCCAGUGAAUGCAAAAACCUUUCUCAUUGGUCUUCUGAUGGUACUUGGAGCCAUUGCACUGUGUAUGUUUCCAUUGUGGCCUGAGGAAGUGAGAAUAGGGGUUUACUACCUCAGCAUUGCCCUGGCAGGUUUUGUGGGAUUCAUUUUGUCCUUGGUUGUAGUUCGUCUCAUCUUGUUUUGUUUAAUUUGGACCCUGACAUUUGGCAAGCAUCACUUCUGGUUUCUGCCCAAUUUAACAGAAGAUGUUGGAUUUUUCGAUUCAUUCCGCCCACUGUACAAGCAUGAUUCGUUUAGUAAGUCUAAUGAGUCAAAAGUCAGUGAGGGUGGCAAGAAGAAGAAAAAACCAGACAAGGAUGCAGAAGAGAAACUAGGUGAGUGGAAGAAAGAGAAAACCAGUGACAAGGAUGAUUCUGAUGAAUUUGAAUUAAUUAAAAAAGAAGAUCUGGACCAGAAUGGAGUUAAAGACGAUCAAGAAUUUGAUGAUAAUGUAGAAGAGGCAGAUGAUGAUAAUGAUGGAAAUGGAGAUGAUUAUGAUGACAAUGAAGCAGAAGAAGAUGAAGGUGAUGAAGAUGACAUCAAUGAAGCGACUGAGAGGGGAGAGGAAGAGAACAGUUCACAGGCAAAUAAAAACAGAAGGAAUAAGAAACAUAAGAAAAAAUAA